CAGACGUCAGGCUUCUCCUGGAGUCACGACCAUGAUCCUGGCCGAUAGGCCAUCCUUGGCCCAGCCUUUGUGUUGUCGAGUGGCCGUCGGAUAGGUCGUGAACGACAUGGGCCGUUGACGGGAUUAUGUCCAGGAUCUCGGCCCCAUACUUGCUGGGCGAGCCAACCGCAGACGUGGCUCGCUCGUUGUGACUAUUGAUGGAUGCGGUACACAUCCCCAGCUAGUGCAGCGAGUGGCGAUGUGGCGGCCAAGCAAGAGACGAGAUUUCACGUCCUCUGUAUAGUCUCGUAAAGCUCUCUUCCUUCACAAUGCGCGCCAUCACCUCUUAGCUGGCACCGGCAAACGAGCCCAGAGCUAUGCAUGCCGGAUUUGAGAUUCUGUCGACACCUCCAUUAUGCACCGUUUCAAUCUGGGCCGUCUUGACCAUGGGUUAACCUACAAGCUUCAACACACUCCCCGACGCUUCCAUGACAGGGAGGGAGACGAGAUCGCUUGUGCUCGGGAGACCGUCGACGAAGCCCGGAAGAACCUCGCCAGGACAGCGCUCGACCUUUUUCACCUAGCGCAGGAUCAAGGGGUCGCAACAGUAGAGCAGGGCGAGAAGCGGGCCCGGAGGGCAGAGGAAAUCCAUAGAGUUUUGAAUGCCAUUGCCUACGUGAAUCUUCCGACUAAGAAUCCCCUGGAUGAUGGUGAUUAUGUAAACCGCCUAGCCUACAUCCGCCCGGAAGGAGUUGGCAAGGCUACGAGCGCAUCUCGAUACAUGCCAUCCGAUACCGAAUUCGCUCAAGGAUCAUGCAUUCUGGCGAGAAACGGCCGCGAUGGUGGUCAAGCCGCAUACAGGCUAGAUGGGCAGCAGAGGUUGCUUCUGGCAGGUUAUGGUGUAGUUGUCAAUGGGAGUCGACAAGGCACGAGAAGUUCGGCUACCCCAGACAUCCUGUACCUCGUCCGGAGGGUCAACAGAUAUAAAGACCCCGCCCUUUUCGCCGUCAAGUUCAGGAUCUCAUCAACCGCACCAUCCAGGCCCCAAGUGCCAGCAGCUCUGCCGGUCAUAGCUCUCUUGUAUUAUCUCUUGGUCUACGACACUUCCAUCAUUGCAGACCCAACAAGGACCCUGCCGAGUCUCCCGUCGUCAUUAUCGAAGUUCUUCCAGAAGGACCACAUCCUCUGCCGUAUUAUAAUCAUCUACAUCUUGGACGAGGACCAAGACAAGAAGCACCGCACUCCUACCCCUCCUCCGCCUACACUCCUCCCCGCCUUUCUCCCCCGCCACCCUCUCCCACUCCUCCACCAGAAAAUGGCGAAGGAGAUAGACCGAGCGCCCGACCAUAUAUAUCAUCGAAAAGAAACCUCUCGGAAGGAAACCUUGGAUCGGAGCAAUUGGAGUAUGGAAUUUCAAAAUGGUCACUCGCUACAUGCCGCCGACGCGCUCGAACAUUUAUCCGGACCGCCCCACUUCGCCAAUGCCGAGACAUUGACUGCUGUCCCCAAAUUUCCCACUUCUGCUCUUCAACCUCUAUCUGCUGAAUACCUCAUAACCGGAGCUCAGUUUGUUCCAUGA